GCGGAUUGAGGCGUCUGGGCACCCGUAGUUGGGAACAGUGAAACACGGGUCCCGUGGAAGGAGGGAGGUGUCCGGGCUCCGAGGCUCGGGUGGGCCUCGCAUCGGGCCGCGCUGCCAGUCGCCCCGCGUGGAGAACGCGAGCUUGAGCCGGACCCCGAGGCGACGCGCGGAGCGGCUGGUCCAGUCAUGGCAGACUACUGGAAGUCACAGCCAAAGAAAUUCUGUGAUUACUGCAAGUGUUGGAUAGCAGACAACAGGCCUAGUAUUGAAUUUCAUGAAAGAGGAAAGAAUCAUAAGGAAAAUGUGGCAAAGAGGAUCAGUGAGAUUAAACAGAAAAGCCUGGACAAGGCAAAGGAAGAAGAAAAGGCAUCAAAGGAGUUUGCUGCAAUGGAGGCAGCUGCCCUGAAAGCAUACCAAGAGGAUUUGAAAAGGCUUGGCUUAGAGUCAGAAAUUACAGAGCCCAGCAUACCACCAGUAACCAGCACUGUCAUACCCACGUCUGUAUCAAAUCAGCAGAAAGAAAAGAAGAAAAGGAAAAAAGACCCUUCAAAGGGCAGAUGGGUAGAAGGCAUAACCUCUGAGGGUUACCAUUACUAUUAUGAUCUUAUCACAGGAGCAUCUCAGUGGGAGAAACCUGAAGGAUUUCAAGGAAACUUAAAAAAGACAGCAGUGAAGGCUGUUUGGAUAGAAGGUUUAAGUGAAGAUGGUUAUACUUAUUAUUAUAAUACAGAAACAGGAGAAUCCAGAUGGGAAAAACCUGAUGAUUUCAUUCCACACUCUGGCGAUCUGCUUUCUAGUAAAGUCAAUGAAAAGUCACUUGGCACCCGAGAAGAGUCCAAAUCAUCAGAUUCGCACAGUGAUUCUGAUGAGGAACAGGAAGCAGAAAAAGGAGAGGUCUCUACAGUGGAAAAAGGAGAGGUCUCUACAGAAACACAAAAGAUAAAAAUAAAGUUUAAGGAAAAAAAUAAAAAUAGUGGUAAAGGAACUGAACCAGAAAAACAGAAAGAAAAAAAUAUCCAAGAGCAGAAUUCAUCAGGUCCAAGUGAAGAAAAAUCCAAAGUUCAUAAAAAAUCAAACCCCUAUGGAGAAUGGCAAGAAAUUAAGCAAGAAGUUAAGUCUCCUGAGGAGGUAGAUUUGGAACUUCCAAGCACUGAAAAUGAAUAUGUGGCAACUUCAGAAGCUGAUGUUGGUAGGGAAACCAAAGUGGUUUUUAAAGAAAAAACAGUCACUUCUCUUGGAGUCCUGGCAAAUGAAGUGGCCCCAGUCUUCAAAAAGAGAAGAACUGAAAAUGGAAAAUCUAGAAAUUUAAGACAACGAGGUGAUGAUCAAUAAUUGUAAAAGAGCUUUUUGUAUGGGCUUUAAGGACAGAAUGGAGACUACACGUCUUAAAAGCUUCUCUUAUUUCUAAAAACUUUAAUGCUGAAAAUUUAGAUUUACUCUAAAUGUGUUUUAUGUGAAUUUAGAAUCUUUUUUGUUCCUAAAAUGAAAGCAUUAUAAUACAGUGUAUUAUGUUCCAUGUCUUAAAAAAUGCUAAUUAUGUCAUAAGAUGCUAUGUAUCUGUUAUUUAAAACAUGGAAAAGCAAGGCCUUUAUUCCAUUCUUACUUAUGUGAACAUACUUAUCCUGCACUGAAAACGCAUUACUUCUGCACGCCAAAUACUAACUAUUGUCCAAGAUGUAAGAAUCAGACCACACAAGAGAAGAGUCACAGCCCAGUGAUAAUUCAGUUCUGAGGAUCCCGUCAGAAGGCUGAUGGAGACAGUGUGUGCAUAUUGGCUAACAUUACUCAACUGAAGGUCCAGGGCCAAGACGGACUGCAGCUCAGGUAUUUCAAAUGCAGCGCUUAAUGCAGAGUGCAAAUUGGACCAAAGAUAGAAAUGUGUAUUUGCCCAGUUCAUUUGAAAGCAGCAGCCACUGCUUAAGCAUUUUUACUUAAGAGGUGGGAACUGGGGGUGUAAAGAUGAAAAAGACAUAUCCCUAUUCACGACUUCACAUUCUAGCAUAGUCCUUUUUCCCUCAGUCACAUACUCUGUUCAGCAGCCUUAUAUGUACUGAAAAAAUUUUAAGGUGUAUUUAAAACAAUGUAGAUGAAGGCUUGAACAAAAAUAGUAAGAGCUCUGGCUUCAGUAAAAGUUUUUAGUGUUUUCUGAGACAAAUUGGAAAUUUCCUGUUUUCUGGCUAAAUUUCUUAAAAAGUGGCAUUUUCUUAUUCAUUUGAAGUAGAUACCUUCCCUUUAUUACUCCAAAUUCUUAAAAUUAUAUUUUUUAUAAAAUGUACAGUAUUUAAUGUUUGGUAGUAAAUAUUUGUCUUUUUAAGGUUACUAGUACAUGUAAGAAAAUGAUAGCUUAUUAAAAACUUUAUGAAAGAGUAAAUUAAAUACUGGUUUUUGUUUGUUUUUGAAUUCUAAUACUGAUUAGAGUCAACUUAGCAUUGGUGAAAUAGUAUUUGGAGAUUUUUCUUUACAUUUGUUCUAUUUACUUACUUGGGUGUGCCCUGAAUGUAGAGCAUUAUGAAGUAUUUUAGAUUCUCUGAGUCCACCUGUCAUGUAGCCGCGCAGUGCAUUUUGUUGCUUGACUCUCAACUGGGAAGAUGGUAAGACUAUAAAUGGAAUGCUGCUGUCUUUUACGCACAUUUAGCGUAUACAAAAUACACAAUUGAAGACUUUUUGUAAAACUACACUUGUAACGUAUUUUUCUUUGAUGCGUUCUUUAACUGCUUUGCCUUUGUGAUAAGACAGUAUUCUUAGAAGUUUAAAGGUAAAUCUUUAAUAGUACUUUUCUGUUUGCUUUGAAAGAAUAAGAAAAGAACUUGUCAGUUUACCUAGAUUUUUUUCAGAAGUUAAAUGUUUGAUAUCAUUUUUACCAUUAUCUUUCUAUUAUUUAUGUGUGUGUGUAUAUAUACAUACAUACACACACAC